GCAGCUCAGCAUCAUCAUCUCUCCCUCUCUCUGGAAGAGACGCAUCAGCGUCAGAGCUGAGAGUCGGGGGGAAAAUAAACACAGAGAUACGACGAAGAAAGUCUCUGUUUCUUUACAAAUACAAGCCAUUUAAUAGAGCCUUUUACCUCCUGGUAAAGGAGCAGAACUUUGUGUCACCAUGAAAUCAUCUUUGACUUGACUGAACUCCUUCAGAGCCACAGAGGAGAAAUUACUCAACAGUUUACACAUGCAAGAGGGUCUGGACCCUUGGCUAUUAAGAAACGAUUGCAACUGUUUUAUUGCCGAAGAGCAAAUGAAGUGACCAGCAGGGCAGCAUGUCAUCAUUCCAGGUGGUGGACUCGUCUCCUGGCUGCAGCGUCAGCAUCAUGGAAACAUCCAACUUCGCUCAUGUCAUCUUCCAGAACGUAGGGAAGAGUUUCCUACCACAGGCCCCCUUGGAGUGCCGUUACACGUUGACCCCUUACAUUACUCCCCACCCCAAGGACUGGGUGGGCAUUUUCAAGGUUGGUUGGAGCACAGCCAGAGAUUACUACACCUUCCUUUGGUCUCCCAUGCCUGAGAACUACGAGCCGGGAAGUACUGUGCACAGGACUGUUGUGUUUCAAGGCUAUUAUGUCCCUAAAUCAGACGGGGAGUUUUACCAGUUCUGUUAUGUCACUCAUGCGGGGGAUAUCAGAGGUGCCAGCACGCCCUUCCAGUUCAGGCCUGCCACGCCCACCGAGGAGCUGCUGACUGUCACAGAGGAAGACAGCAACUCAGACAUACUGGUCGUUACCACCAAGACCGGGCUGCUAGAGCGUGUGGAGGAGGCACAGCAGGAGCGCAUGGAGCUGCUGAAGGCCAUGCGCCUCCUACAGGAGGAGAAACAGCAGCUGCAGGAGGAGCAGAAGCAACUGGUCAAGGAAAGGGAGCAGGAGAGGGAGACGUGUUGCCUUCUGCGGACACACAACCAGGAGCUGCUGCGCUCUUCGCAGGGACUCUCCGACGAGAGGGAAGAAGUACGGAGGAGGCUGACGGAGGCCAAAGACCGAGUCCGGCUGCUGGAGGAGGACCUGCUGGGAGUCACCCAGAGGGGCCUUCAGAAGGAGACUGAGCUGGACUGUCUGCGAGACCGUUUGAAGAAGCUGACAGCAGAGCGAGACACCCUAGAGAGCCAGCUGAAGAAUGAGAAGGAUGAGAGAGAUCUUUAUAAGGCUCACCUGCGCAGCACCGAGCUGGAGAACACCAAGCUGAGCGCCGAGCUGCAGAUGCUGAAGGCGGUGGAGCUGAACAGGGAGGUGACCAUCGCUCAAUUCCAAGAGGAGCUGGAGAGGCUGAGGGCCUGCGUCGCCCAGCGAGACAGUCUGGAGAGGGAGCUGCUGGAGCACAGACAUGACAAGGCAGAGCUCGGCCGCCUACGCGAGCAGCUCCGUCAGGCCGAGGAGCAGCUGCAGGCGUCCCGACAGCAGGCCGCCCUGCUCGCCUCCGAGCUGCGGGACUCGGCCGGCGCCCGUGACCACACCAUGACCGAGUUGUACCGCGCCCGCAUCGAGGCCGACAAGCUCCGGGCCAGUCUGGCCGACGCUCAGGCCGAGUGCCAGCGCAUGGAGACCCAGCUGGACCGGAUGAGGAGCACCACUCGCAAGGAGGUGGUCGGUGCCCCCACGGCUCGGGAUUGUUACUUUCACGCUCGAUCUGGAUCAAAUGCGAAGCGCACGUCACCGAUCUCGUCUUUUGCAUCCCAGGGCGUCGGAACGAGCGGCGACGGCGUAGCGGUGGUGUCGGAGGCGGAGGCGGAGCUUCAGAGGGAGGUGGAGGAGCUGAAGCUGCGCCUCCACAUGGCUGCCGAGCACUACAAGGAGAAGUACCGGGAGUGUCAGCGCCUCCGCAGGCAGGUGGCCAAGCUCAGUACUGCGGAGUCACAAGGUGUUAUUAUGGAGUCAAAGAAAAACGUGUCCACAGAGACGACUCAGGAGCCGCUGGUUUCCAGUCCGGAGUCUCCGACUGAGGGAAAUCCUACUUGUGCAAUUCUACAAGAAGCAGCAGACAUGACAAUCACCCCUGAAGUAAAAAACGAACAAUCCACAUUUGCCGAGGCCUACAGUGGCACCGAUGUGGAGGAAAAACAGGUGGAGACGUCUCUGAUGGAGUCCACGGCGGCGGCUGGAAGAGAUGACACGGAAAAAGAUGGCGAAGAGGAGGAGAAGAAGAAGAAGGAGAACCUGCCCGAGGAGAGCCUGAAGAUGGCGAGCUGGGUGGAGGUGAGCGACGAGAGGUUGCGGGCCGAGGAGCGGAGCGAGGCGGACACGAGGGCCAGCGUGGAGGGCCGGGAGCCGCUGGAGGCGGAGGGGAGGAGCACCGCGGAGGCGGAGAAGGAGCAGACACGCUCGGUGGAGGCGGAGCUGGCCGUGAUGGAGGAGAAGUGGAGGGAGCAGUGCGUGAUCAACGACACGCUAAAACAGCGUCUGGCCGAUGAGGAGGGACGAUUCAGAGUGCAGAUGGCGGAGCGAGCCAUUGAGGUGUCCGAGCUGAAACAGAACCUCGCCCAGGCUCUUAAAGACAAGGAGCAGCUGCAGGAGGAACUCCAGCUUUACAAAUCCAGACAGAGGGAGCAGGAGGCCGGCGUCCAGGGGGCCGAGGCCAAGCAGCCCAUGGUGCUACGCUACCCACUCCCCUACCCACAGGACCCCUCCCCACCACCACUCGUCCCACAGAGGCCUGCGGAGCUGCAGUACGGCAAUCCUUACUCCACCGACACAUCUAAAGACCAGGCGGACGUCGUCUUGUCCCCUGAGCACCUUUCCCGUCCUCCACCCGAAGCGCCGCUGUGCACCGCUCCCUGCGCACCUCCGGCGUCUCCACCCAGCCCCGGUCCGGGAGCUCCAGGCUGGGACCAGGAGGUAGUCUGCAUCCAGCCGUCCCGCAGCACCACUCCCCCGGAGAACAUGGAGGCUCCAGCAGAGGAGGCGCAAAAAGUGUGUGACAGAGCUCAGCAGCCGUGUGACCAUCAGUCCAGCAGACGCAGUGAAGUGAGGAGCAGCUUCUGCUUUGACUCAAGCACGGACGUCCACAAGCGCUGCCCGCUGUGCGAAGUGAUCUUCCCGCCGCACUUCGAGCAGCGCACCUUCGAGCAGCACGUGGAGAGCCACUGGAAGGUAUGCCCCGUCUGCUCCGAGCAGUUCCCCCUCAACUGCCAGCAGCAGCUCUUCGAGAGGCACGUCCUCACGCACUUUGACGGCAACGUCCUCAACUUUGAGCAGAUUGAGUGAGAGGCGGAGCGGUGAAUUCUGUCACGCCGUGUAGGUACACAUAUGUUGCCCAGGUAUUGCUUUAUUUUGUUAAUUACGCGAUAUUUAGCACUUUUUUCCCCCCCUUUUUUUGCGAUCUAAAUGGUUUGCAAGAAUGUAAUUGUGACUGGGUAACGGACUGAAAGGUGUGGAUCUGCCGAAACAUUUAUUCUAAAGGAACAGGGAGUGAGGCAGGAUUUGGCAGAAGUGUCACGGCUUUUUACUUUUGUUUUCCCCAAUGAAGCACCUUUUAAAGAGCAUGUUUAUGUUCUGAAUCACAAAAUUCCCUCCUGUUAACUGAGGUAGUUGUUAAAAAAGUCAAAAGCUGUGGUUUGAGGGGGGAAAAAAAAUCUAAAAAAAAAAAAAAAAAUCUUAGAUUUAACUCCAGAGCUAAAUCCAAGAAAGUUAAUACACCCUCCACGUGUUUCCCUGUCCUUGUAAAAAUGUUUAAUAAGCUUAAGAAUCUGGUAAAAUGUAUCAAAGCAAAAAAUAAAGGUUGGAUUUUUCUAGUUUACGAGAGACUAUUUUUCUGCCAAAACAAUUAGAUUUUUUUUUUUUUUUUUUGCGGAAGCAUAAUGCUAACAGUGUCAUGUUUGCCAUAUUAGCAGCCAAAAGCAUCAUCUUUCAGUUGAAUUUAAACAAAAGUGUACAUGCAGAGUGAGACACUUGAAUGUGUAAAGAUUCUCUUGUUUUUUUCCCUGUUGAGUGUUUUGCAAAGAUGUCAGAUUGUCGGAACAAAAAAAAGGAAGAAAAAACAAAAGCAACACUACGUUCUCCCGGACUCCACUAAAUGAGGCUUUAUUCCGAAUGUACUGUAUAUAGAAGACUGGUGGCGAUUUACCGUCGUCAAGCUGUCGCCCUUCUUCAUCUUCCUUAAUGAAACGACAGGAUGAAACUUCCUGUUGUGCACUUUCUCGCAGGUCAAUCACAAAGCAGCGGUGGUGGAUGUUUCUGGCCAAUAGACACUUUAAUUGAGUUUUUUUUUUUUUUUUUUUUUUUAAGCUUAGAACUGUGAAGCAGUUGUGUGCAGGUCUGUUUGCCCUCAUGUCAUUUAAAUGUGUGUUUUGAGCUUCGUGUCUCUUAAUUUCUUGUUACGGCAGUGUUAACAGUGUUGCAUCCACGCUUCACAAACUAUAAUGCCUUGCAAAAAAAAAAAAAAAAAA